AUGUCCCGCGAUCCAUACCGCUCUUCGGGACCAGACCUGCCAUAUGGCGGUCGUGGCGGACAACGCUGGGAUAGCGAGCGUUUCGCACAGGAGCGGGAGCGCGCACGCUUCGGCGGCGGUCCUCCUGGCCCCGGAUACGGAGAACGCGAACGAUUCGAGGAACGAGAGUCUAGUUUCCUGCGGGCUCCCGGAGGACGAGUGCGAGAGCGGUCUGUUGACGAGAUUUACGAACGUCGGGGACCGAGAGGCUUCGAGGAGGAUCGAUAUGAUAGCCGACAGUACUAUGACGAACCGCCGAGACAUGCGCUUGAUCGACCAUUCGGUCGUGAGAGGGGACAGAGCAUCACGAUUGAGAAGGAGAGGGAGAGGGAGCGAGAGUUCAUCGAUCCCGAUCCACCUAUUCGACGGGGAGGAAAUCGACCAGCUUUCAUGAGGAGACAGUCGAGUUUGGAUACAUUUGACCGAAAGCCUUUGACUCGGUUCGUCGAAAGGGAGGAAUAUGGCCCUCCUGCGAGAUAUAGAGAAGAAAUUCGCGCUCCACUUCCUCCACCUCUGACACCUAUCCCCCUGCCGAGAUCAAGGGGAUUGCCGCCACCAAGACGAUAUGCUGAGAGAGAAUACGAGGAUAUCGAGAUUGCUGAGCCGGAUUACUAUGGCGAUGACUCUUUCAGAGGAUAUCCCGAGCGAGUCCGAGAAAGAGAAAUCAUUAGACGGAGAAGGCGAAGCAAGGAUAGUCGUGCAAGUCACAGUGUUAGGGGAAGUGUGAGGAGCAGCAGCUCUAGCUCCUCCAGUAGCGAGGAGACAACAAUCAGCGUGAGAAGCGAGUUCCCGAAGAAGGGUAAGACGAGGAUGCCUGCCAGACUUGUGCAUAAGAGGGCUAUCAUUGAACUGGGAUAUCCAUUUGAAGAAGAGGGCGAUGUAAUCAUUAUUCAGAAGGCUCUUGGCCGUGAGAACAUUGACGAAGUGAUCAAAUUGAGCGAGGAUUUCAGAAAUGCAGAAACUGUGAAAGAAAGAGAAACAACUCUAACAACCUACCUCGUUGGUCCAGAAGCGGAAAUGUCCGGAGCACGCUCUGAAGCCGGUACUGUCGUUGAGGAGAGACAUGAAGUUUUCACCGUUCCCCCACCACCUCCACCACCAGGAAACUUUGCUCCACCACCCCCUCCACCCGUCCAGAUUGUGCAAGAUACGAAGAUUGUCGAACAUGUUGGCCCGCCACACCACCACCAUCACCCCGAUCCCGUAAUUAUCAACACUGGACCUGGUCCUCGUGAGGAAGUUUAUGAAAGAAAAGAAGUCUACGAAACGACUUCCGGCCCUGUUGGCCCUCUGGCACUCGCGGUUCGACCUCACGAUCACCGAAAGGACGAGCGGGCCAUUCGUGCAGAGAUCAGAGCUCUAGAGGCCGAGAAAGAAGCUCUCCGAGCCGAGAAGCGAGCUGAGCGAGAACUCCGUAAAGCAGACCGCAUCCGCAACCACGGCCGUUCUUCAGAGGGCGAUCUAGUCCUGUACGAGCGUGAGCGUAUUGAGAGACCAGGUGAAGAGGUCACUUUGGUUAGGAGGGAGAGGAUCGAGGAGCCAGAAGGUGGUGUACGGAUUGAAAAGGAUCGAAAAGUACCACCGCCGAAAUUGGUCAGAGCUAUGCUUGCCACUCUUACUUAA